UCGAACGUCCUGCAGUUGGCCAGGUAGACCAGGGCGAGGCUGUGGAACUGCUUGCUCACCCUCUGCAGACUCACCACAUGCUGCAGGGGCAAGUAGCACAAGAUGUGGGGGACCAGGACAUCUUCCCAGGGCAGAUCCAGGAGCUGACAUCUGCAGAGGAGACACACACACACCUGAGUGUUUACAGUGUGUACAGCUGACACAACGAUAACAACACGGUUACACGUUAACCUGGGGGUUUAAAGGGCAGGAGAACAGCAGCGGGGUUACAUGAGCAGACUGGAGGGUCUCUACCAGCGGUGUCACGGGGGUAAACAUUUACAACACAAGUCUGCUUCCAUGUUUAACGGUAACGGACACACGGGCUCGGUGACUCGGCCGUUGUUGCUGUAGCCGCUAGCGGAGAAGCUAACCUGCCGGGGCCACCGACCCCGCUGGGUUUGUAAAUUAAAAAAAACACUGCGUUUUAAAGCCACUCACGUCCGUAUCGUGGUGUCUUCACUCAUUGUGAGUCCGAUGCGUUAGACACCGUUUUUCAACGUGUGUUGUUCUUCACGCGAGCACAAAAACAACGUGUUUAUCUUUAGCAUCUUUCAACCGGCUGAGGUGUAGCCCGAACCCGGUGCUGCCUUCAAGGACCGUCGGAAGAAUGAACCACAAUGAAAGACAACAAUGUUGAUAGUUCAGUAAUAAUGUUACUAUUGCCAUUAUUCUUACUAUUCGAAUUAAUAAUAAAAAUAGAAGAGAUCAUGCUAAACAAAAAAACAAGCAUUCAAAUCCAACAGUGUAUGAAUUGUAUGUAUAAAAUGAAAGGGAUGACAGGGAUAAAAAUGCUAAAAGUCUAAAUAAUAUAUCUCCACAAGGAUCAUCCUCUUCCCUGAAUACUACUGCAAAAAACGUAAAUGUGAAAAUUGUAAUGUGGAAAAUUAUACAAAUCUUCUGGCAUUUCUGGGGGAAAAGCCGAGAAUUGGUGAUUGAGUUGAUUCACUAAAUAUAAAUAGCUAAAUAAUUUAUUAACUGCCUUUAAUAUAUAUCUUUAUAUCUAGAGUGAUUUCAGUCUAGUAUACCAUCAAAGAUGGAGGCGUUUUCAAAGAACAAGUGAAUGCAGCAAUAUAUUUAACAUUAAAUUUUUGUCAGAAUGUCAUAUAAAUUAAAAUACUAUAACUUUAAUUAUUGUGAUAAAGACAUCUUUUAGUGCUUCCAUAUUUUACAGAAAAAGUACAAAGCAGGAAGUUCAGAUGAUUUCAUGUAAAAGAAAUAAUAUAUAUCUGUUGAAAACUUGAGGAAUUCAAUUUAAAAGAUGUGUUUUGCGCUUGAUUGUCUCUUUACUCUGAGACCUCAUCAAACUGUCAGUUGUAAAGAGGAAAUAAUGCAGCUAAAAUAAGUAGAAACAUCUAUAGGUGCCCACAUGUUUGUUUAAAUUAUUUUAUCUCCUAAUCCCAAUCGGCUGCCAUCAGCUCCUCUUCCCGAUACACAUGUGUUAAACAAUUGACCCCCCUUGCCGGCUCACCUCUGUCCAGAGAAACAAUGAAGUCAGUCAUGAGGAACAAUUGCUGACCCAUGAGUUAUGUUUGCGUGAAUGAGAUGAGCCAACAGGAAAGCGAGAGUGAAUCCUCACUCCUGACUGACUAACAGUCCCCCUUUACAAGCCGGAGCACAAACAUGGCGAAUAAAUCAGUGUAUGAUUUCUGUGCUGAGACCCUGGACGGACAGCCGGUUCCGCUCAGUAAGUACAGGGGUAAGGUGCUUCUCAUCGUCAACGUUGCCACCUUCUGAGGGUCAACUAUAGAGGAGUACCACCGACUGAAUGCACUGAUGGAAAUGUUUGGUGACCUCAACUUCACUGUCUUAGGAUUCACCUGCAACCAGUUUGGUCUUCAGUCACCUGAAGUCAAUCAGGAAACCCUCAAUAUUCUGAAGUAUGUGAGACCUGGUGGAGGGUUUGUGCCCAAGUUUCCUGUCUUUGGCAAGGUUGGGGUGAAUGGAUUAAAUGAAGAGCCUCUUUUCAGCUAUCUGAAGGAAUUGUUGCCAUUUGUGAACCCUGUUAUUGGAGAUAUAAAGAAAUUCUACUGGUCCCCAAUCAAAGUCAAUGACAUCCGGUGGAAUUUCGAGAAGUUUCUCAUAACUGCUGAUGGCCGGCCCUUCAGAAGAUAUGAAAUUCACUGCCCCAUUGACAAAGUGGAGAAGGACAUAGCAGGACUUCUCUGACGGACUUUCUGAAGUUGAACACUGGUGGCAGAGUGACGAUCCCCCAGGAAAUGCGAACAUGCAACUGAGCUGGAUCUGAUGGGAAGAGGAGCAGGACUCAGAGCUUUAGUGCAUUCACUCUGAGAACAGUUCGCUUCAGCCACUGGAGGAGUUUUCAUGUCACCGU